AUGUCUGCCAAAAUAGAACUUGUAACGGAGAAUGUCACCAAUGGCCACUCAGGUGCGUCAGAAACCAUCCAAUACACUAAAUCACAGAUGGUUGGACAUGGGUCAUUCGGAGUGGUAUUUCAAAUACAACUUCAACCUUCCAAUGAAAUAGGAGCAGUGAAGCGUGUGUUACAGGACAAACGUUUCAAAAAUCGUGAAUUACAAAUCAUGAAAUUGGUUCAUCACAGAAAUAUAGCUGAUUUGAAAUACUAUUUCUACACCAACAAUGAAAAAAAUGAACUUUACUUGAAUUUGAUUUUGGAGUUUGUACCAGAAACUCUUUACAAGGCUAGUCAUUAUUAUGUUUCCAAAAGAUUAAACAUGCCUCCAUUAGAAGUUAAAUUAUACACCUACCAAAUGUUUAGAGCAUUAAAUUACAUUCAUUCACAAGGCAUUUGUCAUAGAGAUAUUAAACCACAGAAUUUGCUCAUCAAUCCUGAUACUGGUGAGUUAAAAUUAUGUGAUUUUGGGUCGGCUAAGAUUUUGAACCCUAGUGAGCCCAAUGUGUCGUAUAUUUGUUCUAGAUAUUAUCGUGCACCCGAAUUAAUCUUUGGUGCUACUAAUUAUACAACCAAGAUUGAUGUAUGGUCAGCUGGUUGUGUGAUGGCCGAAUUAAUUUUGGGACAACCAUUAUUUCCUGGUGAAUCUGGCAUAGAUCAAUUGGUGGAAAUCAUCAAGAUAUUGGGUACACCAUCGAGGGAACAAAUCAAAAAUAUGAAUCCAAAUUAUAUGGAACAUCGUUUCCCACAAAUAAAACCAAUACCUUUACAAAAAAUUUUCAAAAAAAUGAGUCCAGAUUGCAUACAGUUUUUAAUCAAAGUAUUACAAUAUUCACCAAUUGAUAGAAUUUCGUGUAUUGAAGGAUUAAUCGAUCCAUAUUUUGAUGAAUUGAGGAAUGAAAACACAAAAUUACCAAAUUAUAGAAAAAUAUUCCUGCAACAAUUUCAUAGUAAUAAUUCUAGUGGGUUUGGCAAUGCUGCCAAUUAUCAAUUGUACAAUUCUCAACCUGAUUUAAGAGAUUUACCAGAAUUGUUUGAUUUCGAUGAUCGUGAAUUGUCAGUUGCCCCCCGUUUGAACAAACAAUUGGUUCCAAAUUGGGCAUAUUCGCAUUUGAGAUUAAAUCAGCAUAUAAAUAGCUUGGAUGAUUUCUCGCCAAUGUCUGCUGAUGAAUUAAAAGUUACCCUUGAAUAG